GACAGACAGACAGACAGACAGACAGACAGACAGACAGACAGACAGACAGACAGACAGACAGACAUGUUUGUUCAUUGCCUCUGCAGUUAGCCAGUGGUGUUUCCUCUCCUCAAAACAACCUCCUGGGACUUGCUGCUACUCAGUGAUGUCUAUGCAUCAGCACAGCCCUUUUAGACUGCAACCAGAUACAGUAUGUGCUUCUUGCCAGAGCACCAACAUCUAGACCAGCUCCACCUUACAGACCUGUACUUUAUGGAUAGGAAGGAAGGAAGAAUACAUUUUGUCGGAUGAUGUUCUUACCAGCUGCACAAUUGCCGGCGUGUGUGUGAGUGGCACAUUUGGAUCACCAUAUCCUAUCGGAAUUGCACCGCCAUGUGGUUAAAGGUAAUCUUUAUUAUUCCAUAUGGAGAUUUGGUUUGCAGGCAGGAUGAAUACACGACACACAAUACAAAACAGAGGCAAUGUAAAUAAAAAUAAAUAUAAAGAUAUAUGGGAAAAAAAUGGCAAAUAUUUUUCUUCCUCCCUCCUGUAGGGCCUCAAACACACCCCUACACCCCCGUUGCAGAACGGUGGUAUGGCUGAUAGUGGAACGGCCGUCAAGCCUCCUGAACCUGAAUCAGUCAGCAUCCCGAUGGAGGAAACCAUCUGUAAUGGGGGAACGCAGGAGCCUUCUCUGUUGACAAAUCUGAAGAAGGUGGAGAACCACAUCACAGAGGCCCAGCGUUUCUCCCAUCUCCCCAAGCGUUCGGCGGUGGACCUGGAAUUCACAGAGCUCUCCUACACCAUCCGGGAAGGGCCGUGCUGGAGAAAGAGAGGUUUUAAAGCCUUACUUAAGUGCCUGUCGGGGAGGUUCUGCAGCCGAGAGCUGAUCGGAAUCAUGGGGCCCUCUGGGGCCGGCAAGUCCACUCUGAUGAACAUCCUGGCUGGCUACAGGGAAACGGGCAUGAAAGGGAAGAUCUUGGUGAAUGGGAAACCCAGAGAUCUCCGCACGUUUCGUAAGAUGUCCUGUUAUAUCAUGCAGGAUGACAUGCUGCUGCUGCACCUCACUGUCCGGGAAGCCAUGAUGGUUUCGGCCAACUUGAAGCUCAGUGAAACUAUGGAAGUGAAAAAGGAACUGGUGAAUGAAAUCCUGACUGCUCUAGGGCUCCAGGAGUGUGCUCACACUCGCACCAGCUCCCUAUCUGGGGGGCAGUGUAAACGGCUGGCAAUCGCCCUUGAGCUAGUCAACAAUCCCCCAGUCAUGUUCUUUGAUGAGCCAACCAGUGGACUGGACAGUGCCUCCUGUUACCAAGUGGUUUCUCUUAUGAAAUCUCUAGCCCUGGGGGGACGCACCAUCAUCUGCACCAUCCACCAGCCCAGCGCCAAACUCUUUGAGAUGUUUGAUAAGCUGUACAUCCUGAGUCAGGGCCAGUGCAUAUACAAAGGCACCGUCCCAUACCUCAUCCCCUAUCUGAAGAACCUGGGGCUCCACUGCCCCACCUACCACAACCCGGCAGAUUUCAUCAUCGAAGUGGCAUCGGGGGAGUAUGGAGACUGGAAUCCUGUUCUGUUUGAGGUGGCCCAGGGUGGAAUGUGUGCCAUAGAGGAGAAGGAGAAGUCAUGUGACAAAAAUGACACAUCCGCUGUUUGUCCAACAACGUGCCUCAAGGACUCGGGAGCCAUUGAGAGCCAUUCAUUUGCCACAAGCACUUGGACACAGUUUUGCAUUCUCUUCAAUAGAACGUUGAUGACAAUAUGUCGAGACCAGGUGUUGACACACCUAAGGCUGGUGUCACACAUCUCUAUAGGAGUACUGAUCGGCUUGCUCUACUUGAACAUUGGCAACGACGCCAGCAAGGUCUUCAACAACACCGGCUUCCUCUUCUUCUCCAUGCUCUUCCUCAUGUUCGGAGCUCUGAUGCCCACCGUGCUCACAUUUCCUCUGGAGAUGUCAAUUUUUCUGAGGGAACAUCUAAACUACUGGUACAGCCUGAAGGCUUACUAUCUGGCAAAGACUAUGGCUGACAUUCCAUUCCAGGUCCUCUGCCCCGUCAUGUACUGCAGUAUAGUGUACUGGAUGACAGAUCAGCCUCCGGAGGCCACCCGCUUCCUGCUCUUCCUGGCCCUGUCCAUCUGCACGGCCCUGGUAGCCCAGUCACUAGGGCUCCUGGUUGGUGCUGCCUCCACCAACCUCCAGGUGGCCACUUUUGUCGGCCCCGUCACUGCCAUUCCUGUUCUUCUCUUCUCGGGCUUCUUUGUCAACUUUGACACCAUUCCCAAGUACCUGCAAUGGAGCUCCUAUGUGUCCUAUGUCAGGUACGGCUUUGAGGGGGUGAUCCUGUCCAUAUACGGGAUGAACCGUACCUAUCUGUAUUGUCCAGGGAAAGUGUGUAAAUUCCAGAAGCCUGAGGAGGUCCUCCAACUGUUGGACGUGGAGGACGCCAAGCUCUACAUGGACUUCAUCGUUCUGGGGAUAUUCUUCGUGAUUCUCCGAUUCGCCACCUACCUAGUGCUGCGCUACAAGGUCAAGUCAGAGCGAUAGGUCUCACCCUCAAGGCCCCCCCACCCUGUUCUGUGCAAAGCUAUUGUACUGUACCACGUGGGCCCAACAUCCAGUUUUAUAUAUCAAUACCAUAAAUCGCUGCUUGGAAAAACUGGAAUAUAUCACUUUUCUCUGUUGAAGUCAUGAUGGGACCAGAGAAGAGACAUCUAACAAACAUAACUGUUUUACCUCAGCAAGUAGGACUCCAAACAUCUACAAGCAUCUCUAUGUACAGUAGGGUAGUACUGAUGAGGGCACACAGACUAUUCAAAGGACUGACCUGCAGGAACAACCAAAAACAGAGAAUGUUUACAUAUCAUAUAGCCAGAGGACAUUCUACUGUUGCACUGGAGUGUGUCUGGUUUUAAAGACAGAAUGAAUCAGUAUUGUAAUCAAGUGUUGAUUAAAUUUCCUCAACUGAACGGAACUAUUCACUUUUGUUCCUACUAUCUUUCACUCUCAUCUACGGUUUAGUUACAGUUUUGAGAACUAGAAAAUAAAUAUUACUUAUUUUACCUGAUAACAAUGUAUGAAAACAAAUCUGUACAUUAUUAGGCUAUUCACUUGUUUUUAUACUGUCUGAAAAAUUUACCUUUCUCUAAAAUGGAUGAUUCUCCUAAUUAUAUAUUUUUUGGUUUCUCUAAUCAACUCUAAUCAAUUAACUGUUCACAUCCUACAUGAUGUACUGUAUGUAUGCAACAUUGUUGAGUUUAGUUUGGGUAAUAGAUUAAAGAGGUAAUAUUAUCCUCAAACCUGUCUCCACUGCCACAGUAAUGUAUAUAUUUAUAGUAUAACCAGAGAUGCAACAUUCAAACUUUACUUCUACCUAACAAUGGAUGACUUUAAAGGCCCAGUGCAGUCAAAACCGUUACUUCCUGUGUUUUAUAUAUAAUUCCACACUAUGAGGUUGGAAUAAUACUGUGAAAUUGUGAAAAUUAUGAUAGUCCUCUUAGUGUAAGAGCUGUUUGGGGGGAAAAAACACCUGAAAUUUCAGCCAGUUUUGGUGGGAUGGAGUUUUGACCUGCCUGGUGAAUUUCACCAGGCGGUAAAUUAGUUAAUGGACCAAUAAGAAAGAGAGUUCCAAACCUUCCUGCCAAUAACAGCUAGUUUUCUGUUUUCCCCUCCCCACUCAGAUCACUCCAAGACAUUCCUAGCAAAAUUCUUACUUGAGAAAUUGCUAUUUGGUAAAAAAUAAUCCCAGUAAAAGGUACUUAAUUGUUACCCAGAAAUGAUUUGAUAUUGAGAUAAAAAUGACAGUAUUUGACCUUUAAUAAUAUAAUGCCUGUUUUAUAAAAACCUUAAUUACAGUCUAGUCAUCCAUGGCUAACUGCCACCUUGCGCACAAGCAUUCACUGUCUCAGUUCGUAGGACUUGAUAUUCUUAUGAGUGUGUGUGAGUUGCAUAUUUGACCGUUGUUGGAAUUGGGAUACCCGGCUUUCAGGAAAACAAGCCAAGAGAAUGAGUUACAGUAGGCUAUGUUGCAAAAUUUAGUUGUAUUCUGAAUUUUCAGUUACAAUAAACUGACAUUCCUCAAAUAUUUUAAUUAUCUCAAAUAUUUUGACCUCUUACUCCCCACCAGCCGUCCCUAUGUUGAAAGCCUAUGCUAUAUGACAAACUUGAUCAUUUCUCUCAAUUCCACUGUACAACAUCGCAAAUGGCUGGUAUUUCAAUAAAGACUUUAGAUUUUACUCACUUAUAAUGAUUGUGUUGCAAUGUGUUUGGCAUGGAUCAUGGGGAAUAUAUAGCCAAGAUCUCAACUCCAAGAAUUUAAGCUCCGACUCUUUCAAGUCGCUAGCAGUCGAUACAUCAAAAAUGUAAAUUCUUAAACCCUCACCGUGUGCCUAUGUUUGUUUUCUGUUGUUGAAUGCCUUUCUUUGUUUGUUAAGACCCAUGCUUUCUAAUGAAACGUUAGUCAAAAUACAAUCAUUGAUAGUUUCCUUGAUGAGAUUCAAUUGGCACAUGAGCAUUCGCACUGAGCUGCCAUCUUAGAGCAACAGCAAUGAGGCACUCUCUGUGGAGACGGAAGAAAGCAGAUGUUUCCGGUUUUCAACCUAACUUCCAUUUCCCCUGAAAAACAUAUGUUGGGACUCUGCUCAGGUGCUUUAAAAAAAAAUAUAUAUAUAUAUAUUUUAUUUUUGCAUUUUCCAGUUAAGAACAUUCAAAAUAAAAAUGAGAAGAAAUUAGACAACAAUAUAACAAAGUGAAAAUAACCUUACAAGACAACAGACAAUAAUGUAAAUGCAAUUUUUUAAAAACAACAGUAUAUAGUAUAUAAAAAAAACUACAAUAAUAAAAAAAUGAAUGAGACAUUGGAUCACAUGGACACCUGCCUGCCUUAGGCUACAUAUUAUACAUUAAGUGUGAAACAUUACGUGAGGAUUAUAUAGAGAUGCAAUCAAUGUGAUGUGAGGGGAGAUUCUCCAUAUAAUCAAUAAAAG